AUGAUGUGGUAUUUCAGAUUUUAGUGUAAGAAGUAACAAAACGAGAAAUGAGCAAAAGGACCAAGAACUAGAACUCAAACCAAAAGCACGGAAACAACGAAAAGAAAGAAUAGAUCGAAGAAUAAUAGCACAUCGGUAGGUUUUGAGCUGAAAAUCUGACAAUAUAUAUUUUUAAAUAUUAAAAUUUCAGAGCCAAGAUGGUGAAACUUUGGAAGAUGUUCUGAAUCAUUUGAGUGGUUUGCCAAAACCUCCAAAAAAUAUGUAUGAAUCUGUAACUGGACAUGCUAGAAUUCAAGCAGAUGGGUUUGUCAAAAACCUGGAGAAAAAUAUUCGUUUGCCCAUUCCGAUUCAUGAAAAGAGACGUGUUAAAUUGGAAAAAGAUGAGGAUUAUGUGGCAGCUCAAUAUGUGAAACUCGAAAAUUCGGAAUAUGUCAUCGCGCAAGCUCCCAAUAAACAAAAUCAUCGAGAUAUUUGGAGAAUUGUUUGGCAAGAUCAAAUCAAAGUUAUGGUUUCAUUAACAAAUGAUGAUCAAUUUGGAGAAGAUGACAAGAAAUGCUAUCCAUAUUUUCAAAUUGAAAAUGGAAGUUCGAAAGAGAUUGAAUUGAAGAAGGGGAAAUUCAUCAUUGCUUGCAAAUCUAAAGAAACUUUGAGUAUGGGAGUAACGAAAUAUGAAUUUGAAAUGACUGCGUCUGAAAUUGAAGAUGAGAAUGAAGCGGCUGCUGGGAAAAUGUUGCCAAUAACAUUGUAUCAUAUGAAUUCUUGGAAUGGAGCUGGACAAAAACCGGAGUCUGGCGAACCUUUUGAGAUGGCACAAAAUGUCGCGCUUUUAUGCAAAGAAAUUUUCAAAAUGGAAGUUGCGGUAAUAUAUUUUUGAAUUUUGAAAAACAGACGAAUAUUUUAAAAAUUUUAGGUGCUUCGUCGAAGCAUGGAAAAUUUCGUGCCACCGGUUUUCAUCCAAUCCUUUGAUGGAAUUUAUCGCUCUGCAAUUCUUUGGGUCAAUUUGAUGCUCUUGAAAGAUGUCGAAAAACGAGAAUGUUUCGAUGUUCCCGAAUUGAUCAAGAAAAUCAUGAAAAUGCGCCCCGGUUCUUUGUCCACAUAUUAUAGUUUCUGUUUCACAAUUGCGGUUUCGCUUCAUAUUGGAAAAGAGUCGAAUUGGUUGGAUGAAUCUGAAUUGAAUUCGAAGCUUGGAGAAUUGACAAAAGGAUUCAAUGAUAGAAAAUUGAAUGAUCAAGGUGUUCCGAUUUAG